UGACAAUUGGACCGUCAUGCUCGAUACAAAAAAUGUAAAUGAAGGCCUAAUAACUGCUUGUCUUGGUAUUCCACCAAUGAUCAGUGAAGCGAUUGAUAUAAUAAAAAAUGCAGAUGAAAGCUAUAAUAAUAAUAGCAACAUUAAAAAUUAUUUUUAUUCGACAAUCUAA